UUUGUUGCGCGCGGACGUGUUUCGGUUGUUGCCCGUUUGCGUUUUUUCUUUUAUUUUUUUUUAUUAAUUCAACGCAUUGUACAUAUAUAUACCAACGCGUUUCGUCUAAAAGUUAAUAAUACAACUUGUGCUUGUGUGAGUGUGUGUGCAACUGCAAAACAAUAACUAACAAUUGUUACUGUCCCGCCAUAACAACAACAACGACGACAAUAACAACGCUAUACACCAACACAAAUACAGCUACAACAACAAAUAAUACCGAGAUCCUGCAGCCAUGUGGAGUCCAACACAUUGCAGCGUAACGGUGCAACGAGCGCGUGGCUUGCUGACCAAAGGUAAAAAUGGCACCAACAAUUGCUUCGUGACCAUUGCCCUGGGCAAGGAGAAAUACCAGACGUCCGUGAAAGAGAAAUCCGAAUCGAGCGUCAAUUGGAAUGAAGAGUGUGAACUCAAAAUUCCGGACCAGGGCAAUCGCGCCGAGUUGACGCUCACCUGCCUGCAUCGCAACAAUCUGAGCAUAGACGAGUUCCUAGGUCAGGUGGCAUUGCCAUUGAAAGAUAUGGAUGUCUAUGAUCGCCCACGCGCCAAAUGGUUCAAGCUCGAGAGCAAGCCGGGCAAGGAGAAGAAGAACAAGGAGCGCGGUGAGCUCGAGGUGCGCAUUGCCUUUGUGGUCAAGUCGGGCUCUCUGACCGAUCUGUCGAAAAAGGAUAAGCACAAGUCUUCCAUUGGCCAGCUGGCCAGCUCUGUGGGCGGCAGCCUGCUGUCCAUUGGGCAGGGCGAGAAGCGCAAGAGCAUCAAGAAGCUGGCGGGAUCGCUCAGCUCGAAGCUGCACAUACGCAGCAAGAAGAAGCAUGCGGCUGGUGAUGGUGAUGACAGCGGCUCGUUCAGCGGCUCCUUUGCCAGCAUUGGUACGCCCAAUAGCUCGGCGGGUGGCCUGGGCGGCAGUGGCCGAAGGCGUGGCCAACGCGCUGGUGAAGCCGAUCCGGGUGUCAUUAGCGAGGACGAGGAUGAGUUUGUAUUCGAUAAUCUAUCGCAUAAGAGCUCGGGCAGCUCGCUGAACAUACAACGCAGUGGUUUGCAGCCACCGCCGCUAGGUGGCGCCAACAACAACUUUACGCCACGCAAUCCAUCGCUGCUCAGCAAUGGAACGGGAACUGGCAACGGCACAUACGCCGCUCCACCACGACGCAUUUCUGCACAGCUGGCCAAAAAAUAUGAAGGCAAAUCGCGUGAGGAGCUAAUGCUCAUAGCCAAUGGCAUGGAGAAUGAGGCGCUGCUGCAGCGACAGCGCGUGAAGGAGCUGGAGGAUUAUUUGGAUAAUUUAUUGCUGCGCGUAAUGGAGACGCAUCCAAAGAUAUUGCAGAAUCCGUAUUCGCGUACCACAUCAGCCAAAAGUUAUAAAAACUACAUCAAUAUGAAUGACUUUUUAAAGUAAGUGCUAAGUGCCUGUGAAUAAAACGUAAGCUUGAUUCAAAUGCGCAUGUAGUUGCACGCACAACUUCUAACAACAACAACAACAACAGAACAACGCACCUGCCUUAAAGAAAUUAUAUAAACAACAACAACAAUACACCAACAAUCAACAAUCAACAACAGCCGCAGCAACAACUACAACAACAGUAAAUUGCAGUGCACAGCAGUCCAAUGCAAAAAAAGAAAAGCUGGUUAAAGUCGCGCGUCUACAGAGCAGCCAAAAUUGAUUUCUUUUGCAACGCAACUACAUGGCAUUGAACUCGCACAGCAGGCAGCUUUUUGUCACGCUGCCGCGUUCACUAUUUGUAACAUAUACUACUACUACUACUACUGAAGUCGAACAGAGCGUGAGAAAGAGAGAGAGAGAGAGAGAGAGAGAGAGAGAGAGAGAGAGAAUUGAGAACACCAAGUUGCCUUUGUCAUUAGAGAAAUUCAAGUGCUUUCUUAUUGUAUUUAUUUUAGCAUAUAGUCUACUAUAUACAUAUAUAUAUAUAAUAUCUAUCUAUAACUGUAACAACUUUUAGUUUCUAAGCAAUCAAUUUUUUUUAUGUCUUAUUUUACGUAAUCGACUUUUAAGC